UCCUCACUGAUGGCAGGACAGGGACGGACCGGGGGCAGGGAGUGGUCAUAAGCCGGCGUGGGAGGGAGCCGCUGGAGAUCUGUAGGACUGCACAGGGAAAAGCCUUAGCGGACCAAUGGGUGUGGAAGGGACUGGGCCUUGAAACCCGAGAGUAUUCACUUCUGUGGACCCCGCCCGCAAAGUCUUUCUCUCCCUUUCCUCCAGCUCUAACCUGAGCCAUGUUUUUCACCUGUGGCCCAAAUGAGGCCAUGGUGGUCUCCGGUUUCUGCCGAAGCCCCCCAGUCAUGGUAGCUGGAGGGCGUGUUUUUGUCCUCCCCUGCAUCCAGCAGAUCCAGAGGAUCUCUCUCAACACACUGACCCUCAAUGUCAAGAGUGAAAAGGUUUACACUCGCCAUGGGGUCCCUAUCUCAGUCACUGGCAUUGCCCAGGUGAAAAUCCAGGGGCAGAACAAGGAGAUGUUGGCAGCUGCCUGCCAGAUGUUCCUGGGGAAGACAGAGGCUGAGAUUGCCCACAUUGCACUGGAGACUCUGGAGGGCCACCAGAGGGCUAUCAUGGCCCACAUGACUGUGGAGGAAAUCUAUAAGGACAGACAGAAAUUCUCAGAGCAAGUUUUCAAAGUGGCCUCCUCAGACCUGGUCAACAUGGGCAUCAGUGUGGUUAGCUACACCCUGAAGGAUAUUCAUGAUGAUCAGGAUUAUUUGCACUCCUUAGGGAAGGCUAGGACAGCUCAAGUCCAAAAAGAUGCUCGAAUUGGAGAAGCAGAAGCCAAAAGAGAUGCUGGGAUCCGGGAGGCCAAAGCCAAGCAGGAAAAGGUAUCUGCUCAGUACCUGAGUGAGAUUGAAAUGGCCAAAGCACAGAGAGACUAUGAGCUAAAGAAGGCCGCAUAUGACAUCGAGGUCAACACCCGCCGAGCACAGGCUGAUUUGGCCUAUCAGCUUCAGGUGGCCAAGACUAAGCAGCAGAUCGAGGAGCAGCGAGUACAGGUGCAGGUGGUGGAGCGGGCCCAGCAGGUGGCAGUGCAGGAACAGGAGAUCGCCCGCCGAGAGAAGGAGCUGGAGGCCCGAGUUCGGAAGCCAGCGGAAGCCGAGCGCUAUAAGCUGGAGCGCCUAGCUGAGGCAGAGAAGUCCCAGCUUAUUAUGCAGGCUGAGGCAGAAGCUGAAUCUGUGAGGAUGCGUGGUGAGGCUGAGGCCUUUGCCAUAGGGGCUCGAGCCCGGGCGGAGGCCGAGCAGAUGGCCAAGAAGGCGGAAGCAUUCCAGCUGUACCAAGAGGCUGCUCAGCUGGACAUGCUGCUGGAGAAGCUGCCCCAGGUGGCAGAGGAGAUCAGUGGUCCCUUGACCUCUGCCAAAAAGAUCACACUGGUGUCCAGUGGAGGUGGGGCCAUGGGAGCAGCCAAAGUGACCGGGGAAGUACUGGACAUACUGAGCCGCUUGCCAGAAAGUGUGGAGAGACUCACAGGCGUCAGCAUCUCCCAGGUUAACCACAAGCCUUUGCGAACAGCUUGAGUGUCAACCUUCGCUGAUGCCUAGCCUCAUGGCUCACAUUGCCAGAAUGGUCCCCAUACUGCAUGUACAACUGGCUUUCCUGAACAUGUCUUUUGACAUUGGGGUCCCACCCAUCAUCUCCUUGCCAAAUAGCCUGUGCCUUGCCAUGGAGUAGGGUUGCUCCCCUUCCCAACCCUACACUGCCAAAAGUAUCAGCCCCCCAGGGUUCCCAUGCCGGUCCUGACCCAACUUAUUUAACUGUGUCAGCCUAUUGUCUAGAAUUUUCCUGACCCAAACUGAGGGAUGGCCUGGAGGUUCUCAACUUCAUCAAAUCAAAUGAUGUUAAAAAGUAUUAAUACUGGAACGCCUGGGUGGCUCAGCCAGUUAAGCAUAUGACUUCGGCUCAGGUCAUGAUCUUGCGGUGUGGGUUCAAGCCC